AAUAAUUUUCUCCUUGCGGCUUCUUAAACCUGCAUUUCCAUCAGCCAAGAAAAUUAAACAGAGGUCCGAUUCGACACUUUACGCCCACCUUUGGGAAGUGUCGUCACCUUAUUACAUCCACCACCCAUCACAUUUGGCUUCUGCCUACCGACUUGUGGAUAUUUUCCUCUGGUAUACGCAUUGACAUGUUGCAGCCUAAGCUGCUGCAUAUACCGGAAAACUCGAGGUGUAAGCCAGUCUGCUGUCUAUGAGAAGAUAUUCAAGACCACAAUUGUCGACUGGCUUUCUAGGAAAACUUUUCAUUAUCUAGUCGUUUACUUGACUGUUGGAAAGUUGUGUUUCUCUCCCAAAACCCUGUUCCCGAUAUUGCUUUGGUUCCCCGCAAAGGCUCACGUCUCACUGAUCUUGCCCGAUCAAGAUUUGCUUGGAGCUUUUGGCCUUUGCACACUCCAUUCCACCUCUUUCGUGCCGCAUCAUACCCACGAGGCAGGGUAUCCGCGCAGUGGCCACGCUUAAACAUGCCGCGGUCGAGAGCCACAUCGAGCCCGGCAUCACCAGACAAAAGAUUGCCAGUCAAUCCACGACGGCACAAGGUCCCCAUAGAGCAAAGAAAACGCGUCGCUACUGCUUGCAACAGCUGUAAUGUCAAACGCGUCAAGUGCUCCGGCGAAAGGCCAUGUAGGCAAUGCAAGAACACCUCGAGGGAGUGCAUAUACCCCGUCACAGUAGACAAGGUGACGAUUGCAAAGUCGGAGCUGGACGCGCUGCAUGCCAAGUGUGCGGCCCUCGAGCGAUGCUUGCAGGAAGCCGUUCCCGACAGUGCUCGCCGCCAACAGCUGCUCGCACUGGGUAGCAAGUCCAUCGCACCGAGGCGAGGGAGCGACGGCCUCCACUCGCCGGCCGCAAGCCCCGUGAGCGAUGGGGUGGAGGAGGAGUCGGCCGUUGCGGAAGACGGGAGGCUGUUGCAGGACACGGACGGGACGGCUCGGUAUCUGGGCGAAACGUCUGGCGCUACGUUUCUCGAUAACCUCAAGCAGUUCAUGUCGACCAUAUUCCCACUCGCGUAUAAUGGAUCAGCUCCAUCGGAUCCCGCGAUUCACAUUGGGAACAUCUUUCUGUCGUCGGUCGGCAGGUACCAGACAAGCGACUCGCAGCCACUCUUGGUCCCCAUAGUCGACCCGCUAUGGCUGCCGACCUCGACCGAGAUGUCGGUCAAGCUGAGUGACCUGCGAUAUUUCAUCCAGGAAGGCGGCGCCAUCUCGGGAGGCAUCUACUUUUGGGGAGACCUCACAAGCCUGCCCCACGACGAAAAGGGGCCCGCCGCCUCGACGGCUGCAGACCUUGUGGCGCACCGGCCCCUCGCCUUUUACCACGCAGCGUUCGCCUACUCGACCUUGUUCGGCCUGACGACCACCAACUCCAAGCAGGAUGGCCAGCUGGGGGAGACGUACUUUGCACGAGCCAAAAUGCUCCUGGGAAACCCGCUAGAGGUGGCAACCUACUCGACGGCGGACGUGGCCGCCCUGGCCCUGAUGGGAAUGUACAUGGUGGAGAUGAACAGGCGGGACGCCGCCUACAUGUACAUCACGACGGCCAUGCACAUCUACAUCAUGCACGGCGUUCAUCGGGGCUGGUCCGUGGAUGAGAUGGGGAAGAGGGUCUUUUGGACAGUCUACAUCCUGGACAGGUGGAUGAGCUGCUUGAUGGGCCGCCCACCGACCAUCCAGGAUGAGGUUAUCAGGCUGGACCUUCCGCGAGAGGUACCUGGCCUCCCGACUUGUGUUGGCAUCUGUGCCAACAUUGAACUGUCCAGGAUUGCGGGUCACGUUGUCCGCGAUACAUACCGCAGCGCUCCCGGGACUUGGAAUGAUGCAAGUUCAACGGGCCUGUCACACGUUGACAAGGUUCUACGAAUGCUUUGGAAUUGGCAACGAGAUCUCGCUCCAGCUUUGCAACUAUCCCAAGACACCCUCUCGCGAGACAGACCACUCUGCACUCUACACAUGAACCACAAUCAGCUACUCAUCCUUGCAAUACGACCAAUGUUCCUCGUCGCCGUCAAAAAGGCAGUGGCAGACCGAUUCUUCACAACCCACUCGUGGCACUCGCAAGAGCGCGACCAGCAGCAGACGGAGCCGUCCCGGCCGGCCUGGGCCAGAAUCGAAAGCCACCCGCAGGUCGGCCUGUUCCGCGACUGCUCCGACGCGGCGCGGCGCAACCUCCGCCUCGGCCGAUGGCUGGCCAAGAUCUCGCCGGCCUCCAAGCUCCUGCUGCCAGACAUGCACUGCAUCUUCAACGCCGCCAUCCUCCUCCUGCUCCACCAGAUCGUCUUUGUCGACCUCCGCACCGACGACGUCUCUGAUAUAUCCUUCGCCCUCGAGGCCUUUGCCCGCGAGGCCGACGUCGGCGACGCCUACGCCGGCGACUGCCUGCGCGUCAUGCAGGACCUCGCCGGGCUCGUCCGCCGUCUGCGCUCGCUCAUGUUUGACGGCGUCCCGCAUGUUCCCAGUCCCCACUUUGCCCCGGCUAUUCUCUCCUCGUCGGCGCCGUCACCUCUGCCGUCGGCCGGUCUGGGGCUGCCAAUCUCGAUGAUUCCUCUUCCCAGCCCGGGGCUCGAGGGUCACGGCGGGGCAGAUUAUAUGACUUCCAGCCCUGGACAUCAGCAGCAGCAGCAGCAACAACAUCACUCCCUACAUCAUCACCAUCAACAACCACACCACCUGUCCGUGCCGGUCACCACGAUGGCUGGGACACAAGCGCCUCUUGCGCUGAGCUACGACGGAGUAAACACCGGCCUUGGCAUGCUGCCGCUUGGGGUCGGUAGUGGCGAGGCUCUAUACGCGGAGUUGAUGACAUGGCUGGAUAACGACGAGAUGAGCCUCAAUGGCAUGUACGCGGGGCAGAUGAUAUGAUUAUUUGAGAUGGGGGUGGCAGGUGCUACUGUUGAUGAGUACCUUGACAUUUUGAGGAGAAAUGUAUUUAUGAACCCAUAUAAUGACAGACUCUUACAUUCUCUA